GCGCGAGCCGUUGCCGGCCGUGACCGAGGCGGCGGUGACCGAGUGAGGGAAAGGCGGUGGCGGGGCGCUAACGCUCCAGGCCAGAGUUGGGAGUGAGAGGCGGGGCCGGCCGCACGGAGCAGCCCGGAGGAAAGUCAGGGAGUAGUCAAACCCGCGCAUCAGCAUCAGUCUGUCUCUGCUUUGACACGUGUGAAUUUAGAAUUGCUGGGGUUCAACACUGCGGUUCCGACCAUGGGUUUGUCUACAUCUACCCCUGCUGCUGCAGUCCAGACCUCAAGUGCUUCAGAUCACCAGACGACAUCCCCGCCUUCAGGGUGUCCGAUGCAUGAAGGGAAAAUGAAAGGUUGUCCAGUGAGUGCACAGCCAACCAAUGAGAGCAAAACCUGCUCUGAGCCUGCCCACCAAGAACGUGCAUAUGAGUAUGUGGAGUGUCCUGUUACAGGUGCUGCAGCUGGGAAUAAGGAGAACCUAGACCCUUCUAAUCUGAUGCCACCACCUAACCAGACACCGGCCCCUGAUCAGCCAUUUCCACUCUCUACUGCGAGAGAGGAGUCAUCCAUUCCAAGAGCAGAUUCUGAGAAAAAGUGGGUUUACCCUUCUGAACAGAUGUUCUGGAACGCAAUGUUAAAGAAAGGGUGGAAGUGGAAGGAUGACGACAUCAGUCAGAAAGACAUGUACAAUAUCAUUAGAAUCCACAAUCAGAACAACGAGCAGGCUUGGAAGGAGAUUUUGAAGUGGGAAGCCCUUCAUGCUGCGGAGUGUCCUUGUGGUCCCUCGUUGGUCCGGUUCGGAGGUAAAGCCAAGGAGUACUCACCACGGGCAAGAAUCCGCUCCUGGAUGGGGUACGAGUUGCCUUUUGACAGGCACGACUGGAUCAUCAACCGUUGUGGGACGGAAGUCAGAUACAUCAUUGACUACUAUGAUGGUGGUGAGGUCAACCAGGACUACCAGUUCACCAUCCUGGAUGUCCGGCCAGCAAUGGAUUCUCUUUCGGCGGUGUGGGACAGAAUGAAGGUUGCCUGGUGGCGCUGGACCUCAUAAGCACUGAUUUGUUAGAGAUGGGAAAAUAUAAACUAUUUUUUUUCCUGAGGGAUACAUUAAACUAUUUUCCCCAAACUGAAUGGUACUUAUGCUGUACUGGGAAGGUCAAGUGGGUAAUGAAUGGCCUUAUACUUCACUGAAUGAAGGAUAGCAUGUGCAUGCCCUUUAGAGUUCUGUUUUCACUUUGCCGUUUAUUUUGGAUCAUUUUGUUUCCUUUCCACUUAAGUGGGAAGCAGUCCCUUCAUUUUCCCUUUAACGGCAGUUUUGCCUGUGUAUUUAAUCUAGAAAAGUGAACAACCUCUGAAACAGCACUUCUUUUUAAAUAUGAAGAAAGCUGCUUUUUUUGUUACUGUCUUCUGUUGAAUACUUGAGAUAUAGACCUGAAAACCCAUGUGAUCCUCAGGAGCUUUUACCAGGUCAAAUAUUUUAAUUAGAGCUGUUCACUUACGCUUUUGAAAGAGUUACCAGCAUUUCUAAAGUCCCUCCGAUAUAGUAGUGACCUCUGAAGGAAAUGCAAAGGUUUAUGUUGGAACACACUUGGCAGAACUAAGAUGUGUCUUGGUUCUCCAAGUCCUCGUGAAUGUUUCACACUGGACCUUGUAGGCUGUGUGCUGAGUUUCAAUUCUCCCAUGAUUUGGUGGUGCAUGUGCAUUAGAAUAUGUUUUAACACUUUAAUUUUUGUUUGAACUCUCAUUGUUCAGAAACAGGUGCUCCCAACAAGCCGGUCUCAUUGCUCACUUUUGAGCCCCAAAGUUCAGUUGGCCUAAUCUGAACCUUGAUGGUGUGGCCCAAGGUGCAGUGUUAGGGAUGGACCCUCUCUAAAACAUGACCAAAUUUCGUUGAGUAUUAGAAUUCACAGAGAGUAUUUUCCCCAAAUGACAGUAUUUGCAUCAACUUCCUGUCUCCGUUCAGAUUUUUUUAAAUGUAUUUAAUUGUUGUUCAAGUAUAGUUUUCUGUCUUACUCCCAGCCCAGCCCAAGCCCCAAUGCAGUUCAGAUUUUUUUAAGGGAGCUCUAAGUUUGGCAUUGAAAUUUUUGGUACCAGUAAUCCAUAAAGUGGUUGUUCCUCUUAGAACAGCAUGUGAUAAGUAACUAUUGGGGUUUUCCUUUCUUUGAGUUGAUAAUAGUAACUCCUUUCAUUUGUCCUAAAUACUGGAAUUGUUAAGUGAGUACAUGGAAUUAGCAACCUACAGUGAAUACUUUGGUAUGGAUUUAUUCAUUGUGACAGCUUUGCGUGGACUUUGUUUUAAAUCCAGCAACCUUAAGCUCUUCUACAUUUCAAGAUAUUUGUACAUUUUAAAAUAAAGCUCACAGUUAACCG